AUGCUGGUGGCCCUCCUCACAAUGGUCCUGUUGGGCCUGAGCUUUGCUCAGGAGCCAGAACUUCAGAACCUAAACCAGAUUCCAAAUCAGAGGCCACCACCUUCAGGAUUCCUACCAAGACCCCCUGCUAAUGGGAACCAGCAAGGCCCACCCCCACAAGGAGGCCCACAGCAGAGACCUCCUCAAGGCCCACCCCCACAAGGAGGCCCACAGCAGAGACCUCAGGGACCACCCCCACCAGGAGGACCACAGCAGGGACCUCAAGGCCCACCCCCACCAGGAGGACCACAGCAGGGACCUCAAGGCCCACCCCCACCAGGAGGACCACAGCAGAGACCUCAAGGCCCACCCCCACCAGGAGGACCACAGCAGAGACCUCAGGGCCCACCCCCACCAGGAGGACCACAGCAGAGACCUCAAGGCCCACCCCCACCAGGAGGACCACAGCAGAGACCUCAGGGCCCACCCCCACCAGGAGGACCACAGCAGAGACCUCAGGGCCCACCCCCACCAGGAGGACCACAGCAGAGACCUCAAGGCCCAUCCCCACCAGGUGGCCCUCAGCAGAGACCUCAAGGCCCACCCCCACCAGGUGGCCCACAGCAGAGACCUCCUCAGCCUGGAAACCCACAAGGCCCUCCACAAGGUCCCCAAUUGGGCAGACCUCAGGGACCUCAGUAAACCAGAUAUCAGUGAAAGAAAUUGAGUAAGAAAUUGGUUCCCUUGCAAUCUUCUUCUACUGCCACCACAGGACGAGAAUUGGAGUUUCAUUCAUUGCAUUAAUAAAAUGUUCAGCAUGCAA